CUAAUAUGGUGUGCGGGUCAAGUACAAGGCAAGUACUGAUCAAAUUACUUGAGUGUAUGUACUGAUAAAUAUUAAUAGAUACAAUUUGUUGUUGGCGUCGUUCGCUGAGCAUUCCGAUUCCGAUUUCCUUUGUAAGUACGCGUCUUCAAUAUCAACAGACAACAAUAACUUACUUAGGGAGGGCGCUUAAUCAUUUAAUUCAACUCCGUGAACGAUACUACAUUGUUCAGUACAAUAAUAAUACAGUGCAUCAUGGAGUCGCGCAAUUCAGCACGAUUCGCGUUUGUUUUCAUUGCAUUUCUUGCAACUUUAACAGGCAUAGAAUGCAAAAGUGUUAAAAAUGAUGAAUACACACCGAUUGUUAUGUGGCAUGGCAUGGGCGACAGUUGUUGUUUUUCAUUCAGUCUGGGUUCGAUUGCAAAGAGUUUGAAUGAAUCAUUGCCAGGAGUUUACGUGCAUUCGCUUAGAAUCGGCAACAAUGUGAUCGAAGACGUUACCAAUGGAUAUUUUAUGCAUCCGGAUAAACAAAUUGAAAUGGCGUGUGAUCUUGUCAAGAAAGAUCCGCUGCUUCAAAAUGGAUUCAACGCUAUUGGUUUCUCACAAGGCGGACAAUUUUUGCGCGCAUUAGUUCAGCGGUGCCCUGACAUAAAAAUGAAAAACCUUAUCUCGGUCGGCGGUCAACAUCAGGGCGUCUACGGCGUACCACAAUGCGGCUCGUUGAAUCAUACAUUGUGUGAUUACAUUCGGAAGUUGUUAACUCAUGCAGCUUACAUUGAAUGGGUACAAGACUUUUUGGUACAAGCUACGUACUGGCAUGAUCCGUUACACGAAGCGGAAUAUAAAAACGCCAGCACUUUUCUUGCAGAUAUCAAUAACGAAGUGACCAUUAAUCAGGACUACAUUGAUCGCCUUGACACACUUGAAAAUCUUGUAAUGAUUAAGUUUGAAAAGGAUACGAUGGUACAACCUGUCGAUUCCGAGUGGUUUGGGUUUUAUAAACCCGGACAGAGUGAAGUUGUUGAAAGUUUACAGGAAAGCGAUAUUUAUCAGGACGAACGUUUGGGACUCAGAUCUAUGGACGAAAACGGCAAAUUGCGAUUUUUAUCAGUCGAUGGUAACCAUUUACGUUUUGAAUGGGAUUGGUUCGAGGAGAAUGUUGUUUACCAAUUUUUGAACUGAUUUCUGAUAAUAUUAUCACUAAUAAUAGAAAUUAUUAGAUAUUA